AUGCUUCCGGUUGGCAUUCGCGCGACUAGUCUCGCGGCUUCCACCACAUGUGUGAUUUUCGUACUCUUGGGGUCGCAGGGAAUCUACGCCGACCAACCCCUUGCAGAUAGAGCGACAGACACUCCUCAAGUGAGAGUAUGCGGUUCAGAGAAUGAGACUGACAAAGAAUCUCUCGACCUCGUUCUCGAGCCAAAUGCAGAGAAAAUUUCCUUUAAGUGUGGUCCAGGCAUGACUGUGCUGAAGCCAGAUGCAGAGAAAGUCUUUGUAAAGCCAGAUGGGGAAGAAGAACAGAACUUGGACGAGGCUUGUACUGGAGCAAGUUUGGACCGCGAGCAGGAGGGAGUACAAACCUACACGUUGACUGUGAAGCCGAAGCCUCCGUCGGGAAGGAUCCUCUAUUUUCGGUGCGAAACUCCAGCGGGUUCCGGGGUAACGCCGGUGCUGAAGAGGAGAGAGUCAGAGGGAGAGAAGAAGUGCACUGUUAAAAUCACAGUUCAAGGCACCAAGGGACAGCAUGGAAUCUUCGCGCCCCCAGGGCAUAUCUGUCAGCCGAGAGCCCCUGAAGGUGAUAAGGUAUAUAUCAUGGAGCUCACACUCGCGUCGGAUAGCAAGACCCUAGAUUUCAGCUGUGGCAGAGACAAGGACCUCUGGAUGACGCCCAUAGCGACGACGAACCAGUUCUGUAUUGAUACGACAUGCAAAACCCGCAAGAAUUUGUCGGCUUUCUGGAGUGAUGCCGAGGUCACUCGAGUCAUUGUCGACGAAGCGACAAGCUUCACGCUCAGGAUUAAUUCGCCCCGAUUCGAAGACAAGGACCUGUACUACAAGUGCAGCCUCCCAGCCGAAAAUAAGUGGAUGGCCAGGGCUGAUUUCAGGAACCAGGCGAGGAUGUGUAUCCUCAAAAUUGCUGUGAAGGGUGACCACGCUCCAGAGGAGCAAGACCAAGAGGGAGCCGCGCCAGCUCGAUGGGUGGCUUCCGCCUGGGUUCCAGUGCCCACUGCGUUGGGGUUGCUCUACUUAGGGAUCUGA